UGAUGAGAAUAUAAGCAAAGCUUUACCUGCAAUUCACUUCCUUACUGGUUCAGAUGUUACAAGUAAAGUUGGUACAAAACCUGCAGCAUUGAAAGUAAAACCAGAAUACAUUCAAGGUUUAGCAACCUUUGGGGAGAACCUAAGUGAUGAAAAUUGCAGUAAAGCUGAAGUGUUUCUUGUACAAGUUUUGAAAUCUGGGUCAAAAUGUAUGACCAUGAAUAAAUUUAGGAACUGGAUGUACCAUCACUCAAAAUCAGCUCAAAUAAGCUCAUUGCCACCCACAUCACACCUACUAACAGACCACAUAAAACGAGCUCACUUAGCCACAUAUCAAGUCCAGCAUGUUCUAGAUGAAGAAGCUGUAACACUUGAUCCCCUACAAUAUGGCUACAUGAAGGACCCCACAAAUGAUUCUCUUAUCCCAAAGCAGGACAUAAGGAUUUGGCCUGAAGAUUUGAUAAAGCAAUGUACAUGCAAAACUUGCAGCCAGGCAUCAUGUGGAUGCAAACAGAGUGGGCAACACUGCAUAUCAUUCUGCAAAUGCACAAGUUUACAAACAAAUAAAUGUAAAAAUCCCUUUUUAAAAGAGAGUGAACUUUUGGAGGCAAUGCUUAAUUAAUGUUUUAUGCUGAUAAAAUGAACUGUUUUAAUCAAAUAUAACAAAACAAAUUGAAUGUAACAGUUGUUUUCUAGUCUCUUAUUUUACAAUGAAUUGGAAUUUAGGUAGAAUCAGAUCAGGGAGCAGUUUUCAAAAAUA